AUGUUCUGGUCCGGUGUGAUCGGUGUUGUUUUUCUGCUCCUACAAGGCACCACGGCGUCCACCUGCUACAGUGAGAGCAUUUACCUGUUGGCAGUGAACUCCCAGCCUCUAGGGGGAACUACAGAGACACUAUGCGUCCAACUGAGACCCAUAAAUACACUUUCAGUGAAGGUGAUCCUGAAUCAUAAAGGAACAGGCAGGAUUCUCCUGAAGGACAGCCACAUAGGACACGACGACUAUCGAUGUGUCCAGUUUCAGGUUCCUGAUGUAAACAUGGAAACUGAGACAGUUAUUAAUUUAGAGAUCAAUGAGGGACCAGUGUUUCUGAACAAAACGACAAAGAUCCUCAUCAAACCUCGCAAAGAACUGAUCAUCAUUCAGACUGACAAACCCAUCUACAAGCCAGGACAAACCGUGAAAUUCCGCAUAGUGUCUCUGAAUUCAGAUUUCCUCAACUACAAUCAGAUGUUUUCGAUAAUAGAACUGAAGGACCCAAAUUCGAACCGGAUUGGUCAAUGGUUACAGCUCUCCACAGUCAAAGGUCUUCUGGAUCUGUCAUAUCCCACAAGCCCUAAAGCUGCAUAUGGAAUUUACACCAUCACUGCCAUGAACGAGAAGAACGACGCCAUCACACAAAGCUUUGAAAUAAAGGAUUAUGUGUUACCAAAGUUUGAAGUAACGGUGCAGCUUCCUCCAGUCGUAUCCAUUCUGGAGUCUUCUGCAACUCUGGAAAUAUGUGCAAAAUACACGUAUGGGAAGCCGGUGAACGGAUCUGUGAAGGCCGUCUUGUGUCGUAACAGUUACAAAUACUGGUGGUUCAGUUCAUCAAGCGAUCAGCCGCCCGACAUCUGCAAAAAUAUUAAUAUGAUGACCGGUAAAUCUGGAUGUGCUUCUACAUUGAUUGAUCUGAACGAUUUUGCUUUAACCAGUGCACAGUAUCAAGAUGUAAUCCAAGCUAACGCUGAUGUGGAAGAAUAUGGAACCGGAGUGGUCCUGAGUGGGUCCAGCAGUAUGUCUAUAACAGCUAAUAUCCUUACCAUUACGUUUGAGGAUUCACCACCAGCAUUUAAACUGGGCAUUCAGUAUGAAGGAAAGAUUAAAGUGACCAAUUGGGAUUCGACUCCUAUGAAAAACAAAGAGGUGUAUCUGAAUAUCAGGUACGGAGAUAAAAGUAUAGUCAAGAAGCUGCUCACAGAUGUGAACGGUAUCGCUCGUUUCACCCUCGAAACUUCUUUGUGGGGUCUGACGACGGUCACGUUAGAGGCUAAAACCCAGGAGGCAAAUCAGGUGUUUAACAUGGUGGGAAAUACCCGCACACCGUACUAUCCCACGGCAUACCUCAGUCUCGAACCGUUCUACUCCAAGAGCAUGAGUUUUAUAACCCUGGAACAACCGGCAAAGCCGUUCAGCUGUAAUAAGAACGCUGUGGUGACGGCGCGCUACCUCAUACAGGGCAGCGGCCUGAAACAACAACAACACGACCUACACUUCUACUACAUGGUGGUGUCCAGAGGCCGAGUGGUUCAGUAUGGACAUAGCGAAAUUCAUGUCAGACCACGAAGAGAGAACAGAGGGCAGGUGUCGUUCAGGCUGCAGAGGGUGGAAUUGUUGGCUCCUGUAGCUCAGGUGGUGAUUUACACGAUCCUCGCAAACGGAGAAGUUAUAGCUGACAGCAUGGACUUCCCCGUCGAGCAAUGUCUGCCUAACAAGGUGUCUCUGAACUUCAGGUGUACGUCGGAGCUUCCUGGAAGCCAGACGCCGAUGGUGCUGAAGGCUUAUCCAGGCUCGCUGUGUUCAGUCCGAGCUGUGGAUCAGAGUGUGCUGCUGCUCAGUCCUGAGAAAGAGCUCACCAUCCAAUCUGUGUUUGAUCUGCUGCCUGUUCAGACCUUGUCUGGAUAUCCGUACAACAUUAUCGAUGAAGACAUGAAUCCGUGUUCAAACAACCCUGGCAUUAUGCCAUUUGGUCUAUUUAGGUCAAGUAUGCCCAUCUAUUAUCCUGACAAUGGAAAAAUCGACGUGUACAACAUCUUCAGAGCCAUCGGACUGAAGAUAAUUUCCAACGCUGUUAUAAAAAAACCUACAAUUUGUUAUGGUCCUAUGCUGUACCGUAAGGAUGCUGUAGUUAUGGAUGAAAUGGCUUUACCCAUGGCUAUGAGCUUUGCCCCGACAAGCGGCAUGGCUGGGGCUGAAGUAGCCCCGAGUGCACAACCCAUCACGACAAUCCGCACAUUCUUCCCUGAGACCUGGAUUUGGGAUCUGGUUCCCAUCGGUAAAUCUGGGAUGAAGAGAGUUAAUAAGACGGUCCCGGACUCCAUCACUACAUGGGAGGCCGAGGCGUUUUGCACCUCUCCUAUCGGGUUCGGUGUCGCCCCGCGAGUUGAGCUGACCGCCUUCCAGCCGUUCUUCGUGUCCCUGACCAUGCCGAGCUCCGUCAUCCGAGGGGAGGUUUUCGUCCUCAAAGCGACUGUGUUCAGCUACCUGCAGACCUGCAUGAUGAUAAAGGUAACACUAGCAGAGUCCCAGCAGUUCACGGCGGAGGUUUUACAAAGCUGCACCAAGACUUGCUGUAUGUGCGCCGAUGAGAGCUUAACUUUCUCCUGGAACAUCAAAGCACUAGUUUUGGGGGAGCUGGAGAUCAGUGUGACAGCGGAGGCGGUGCAGUCCUCAGAAAUGUGUGGCAAUAAUAAGGUUAUGGUACCACAAAGAGGACGCAUCGACACCGUCAUCAACACCCUGCAAGUGCUUGCUGAAGGAACCAAACACACCAAAACCUUCAACGUGCUUCUCUGUCCUUCAGACUCUGUAAUUCAGAAGACAGUUUCAUUAGAUUUACCUUUGGUGUACGUGAGUGAUUCUGCUACGGCCUCAGUUUCUGUCCUGGGAGAUCUGAUGGGACGAGCUCUGAAGAACCUGGACAGUCUGUUGGCGAUGCCGUACGGUUGUGGUGAACAGAACAUGCUGCUGUUUGCCCCCAACAUCUUCAUCCUGCAGUACCUGGAGAGCAGCUCUCAGCUCACCCCCGAAAUCAGGAGCAAAGCUGAAAUCUUCCUGGUGAGCGGCUACCAGAGAGAGCUGACCUACAAACACAAUGAUGGAUCCUACAGCGCUUUUGGGAUGAGUGAUCCAUCAGGAAACACCUGGCUGACGGCGUUUGUGAUGAAGUCGUUUGGAAGUGCGAAGCACUACAUCUUUAUUGAUCAGGUGUUUGUGGAUCAGGCCGGAGCUUGGCUUCGUACGCAGCAGCAGACGAACGGCUGUUUUGCGUCUGUUGGACAACUCUUCCACAUGGACAUGAAGGGUGGAGUGAAUGAUGAAGUGACUCUCUCGGCAUACAUCAUAGCAGCGCUGCUGGAAUUAGGCACCAGCACUGAUGAUCCUGUGGUGGCAAACGGUUUAUGGUGUCUGAAAACCGCAUAUCCCGAUCUGACCUCCACCUACGCUUUGGCUCUGCUCUCGUACACCUUCUCUCUGGCUAAGGAUCAGGACAUGAAGAACACACUGCUCUCUAUCCUGAACAACAAGGCCAUCACUUCAGUGAACGGCCGUCACUGGAGCAGAGACAACGUGCAGGCGGUGGACAGUCUGGAGGUGGAGAUGACCUCGUAUGUUCUCCUGGCUGUGCUUACUGAACCCAUGUUGCCCGGGUACGACAUAAGCUACGCCGCUUCUAUCGUCCAGUGGCUGGCUCAGCAGCAGAACGCCUUCGGGGGUUUUGCCUCGACACAGGACACCGUGGUCGCUCUGCAGGCUUUGGCACUUUACAGCACAGCUACGUUCAGUCCUACAGGAAACGUUAUAGUCACCGUAACCUCAGAAUCAGGAGAAAGUAUCGAAUUCACUGUGGAUCAGAGUAACAGGUUACUGUAUCAGGAGAGCGAGCUCGAGGAAAUUCCUUCGGAAUAUCUCGUAAAGGCAGAAGGACAAGGAUGUGUGUACGCUCAGUUCACUUUGAACUACAACAUCCCACCUGAACCUACUUAUCCAUCAUUCAGCAUCUCGGCCACCACCCGCGGAGAGUGCAGCCUCCCUAAUCCCACCAUAUACGUGAUCGUGAACAUCAAGUAUAUCGGUAUUAGAGACCAGACUAACAUGGUGAUCAUCAAUGUCAAGCUUCUCUCUGGAUUCAAGCUGGAGGAGGGAUCUGUGAAACAAUUGAAUUCUAUGAUAAGCAACGGAUCUGUGAAAAGUGUGGAUACAGCAGAUGGAAAUGUCAUCAUCUACCUGAAUAAUUUGAGGCAAGACGAACCUAUGAGCUACAGCCUGGUGAUUGUGAGAGAGUUCGAAGUGCAGAACCUCAAACCGGCCGUAUUGAAGGUGUACGACUACUACGAGACCGGUGACCAGGCUGUUACUGAGUACACUUCACCAUGUGUUUAAAAUAGUUUGCCGUUAGUUUGCUUGGCGGUUGAAACGACUCUAUACUUCACAUUUUUAUUGUUCUUCGACUUCAAAAUAUACGUUUUCUUGAACUAUGUUUGAUUUAAAUAUGCAGAUUAAACUACAGUGUGACUGUAAUUAACAAUAUAGAUCAUAUUAACAUGUGUAGCUCUAACAGUUAUAAUGUAAAUGUUAAAAUGCAGCGUGUAUUUCCACAGGUACAUGAUAAGUUAAACAGCGUGAUUUUAGUUCAUCCAAGCAUCUUUAAAAUUCAGUUCAUAUUUUGAAAUAUUCAUUAAGAGGUUUUACAUGUGAGACAGAAAAAGGAUUUAAACAAAAAACAAAAAUACAAGAAAACGAUGAGAUUUGAUGCUUUUGAUAACAGUGCAGUUAUAUUUUGUUUAGAUUUAGUUUGGAAUUGUAAACGAUUAUCUUUACCUAAAAUUUAAAUUACAAUCCUAAAAUCUGCUCUAAAAUAAACAAAGCACAUGGCUUAUAAUCAGAACUCGUUGAUAUCUCAUUGACUAUAUUCAUGUAUAUUGAGUAAAUGCAUGUAAUAAAUGUUGCAUAUCAACAAUAGCUGGUUGUUUUUCUCUGUAUUUGCUCUCUAAAUGUUUCCUACCGGACUUUUAAACAGAAAAGUUUAAAAUAAUAAAUGUAACUUUUUUCACAUUAAAAAGUGAAAGUUUAUAUACAAAAAUAGACAUUAAAACUAUAAAACUAUUAAAAAAAAAGAAUUUGAUUUUAUUGGCAGUUACUGCUGCGGUAAUUUGAUACAGCUAGUUUGGAAUUAAAUUGGGAAACAUGCAAAAUUUUUUAAUUAUUUUUAUAUAGUUGGUCUCACAUUGUUUACUGAUUCAGAUAUAUAAUCUUCAUGUUAUUGGAAAUGCAUUUCAACUCUUACACAGCAUUCAAAGCAGUACUCAGAGGUUAAAAACAAAAGCUUACAUAAAAAGAGUUGUUUUGCUGUUUCCUUUAUUUUUUGAUGAAAUAAAACACUGAGACGUGGCUGUGAUGUUUUUUUUUUAUGGUUGAACAGUUUAAGCUUUA